AUGGCUGUCGUUGAAUCGGCAGUGAGGGCGUUCCUCCUUUGGUUUUGGGCUGCUGUUCUUCGAUUCAUCUUCCUCCCACCUGAGCCUGAGACAAUCAGCCCGCCGCCGCCACGUACUUCAUUCCCCUUCAUUGAGCUCCCCGAGUCGGUUCGCGAGCAGAUUUAUCUCUUACUCGAAUAUUCUCGUGAAGAUUACUCGGGUGAAAAUCGUGUCGUGAUGGUGAACUCCCCGGAUGAGACCUCAUCUCACCCAAAGAGCAUCAGCGAAUGGUCCUCCAAGAACCGGAGAUUCAACGCCGCGCCCUACGAGUCUGCUCGAUAUGGUCAGGGCCGAUUUUGCAAUCAGCUCUUCUACGUUUCCCGAGCCAUAUCCCAGGAUGCAAGGUCCUUCUUGUAUUCGCACAACAAAUUCCGGUUCCACGGUAUGGGCAGUCGAGGAAUACCACACCUUUCUGCGUUGACAAAGGUUGCUCUCAAUUCUAUUCGGGACAUUCGAGUGCAACUGUCCACUAUCGUCCCUCGAAGGGACAGAAUAUAUCCCGGUGUACCUUUCAAAGUCAAGCGGGGCAAUGAUUGGCACUUCAGCGAAACUAAGCAAGUCAUCGUGGACUGGAAGGACACCUGUCUCCGGCUUGCUCAUGCGCCGACAUCCCAGCUCAGCCUCUUCCUGGUGUCAGGCACGGCCACUCUGUCAUCGGCCAAAGCCAUAUUGCACCCCGUCCUUAACGUUCAGCUGAAAGAAUGCUCAAUUCGCUUUGGUGCCGUCAGAAACAACAACCUCCAACGUUACGUCGAAUACAUCGUUUCCCGGAGUACCAAGAAAAAUCGCAGCGAAAAGAGCCUGAGUUUGUUUAGAUUUGCUGAUCUUCCAAUGGAGCUACAGAUGAAGGUCCUUGAACAUACAGACCUCGUUCCUAGUCCUGAAAUCAGCAGUCAAGGCCUUCAGUGGGAUACAUCCAAGAAAGCAUUUUCCCAACGCGAUUGCAUGCCUCGUUCUUGGUACCCUCCCCACCCUUUCGAUAUGACUUGCAAGGCUAGAGAACUUGCGUUUUCUUCAUCUAACCGUUGCUGGGAGUUUCCAAAGGCUCUUUUGCAGACAUCAAAAAGCAAGGAGCAGUCUCGGUUCAUUUGCUAUCAGAAAAAUAGAUUUUCAAUCGAUAUCCAUGUUGACCACCAGGGACGCAGGUUUUCAAAGGUUGAAGAUGUAACCUGGCACGAUUUGGGCUUCCUAGGGCCUUUACCGCAAGAUUGCAUUCGGUAUUUACGCUAUCUGCAUUGGAAGUUUACCCGGGGCUUAACCGAUGAAUACUUUGAGCCGUUUUCAAAAGACACGAUUGAGCUGGUAGAGGCAGUGAGGUCCCUACGAGAACAGGCGUGUAUCUGGAAAUUGACUUUGGUCUUGUGUGUUCGCCAACAUGGAUAUGGGACAAAUAUUGCAGCAUUCCGUGCCCGGAAUAUGCCAAUAAAACGCAUGGUCGAGACCGUUGGACCUGAGUUGCACGAGCUGAAAGAUCUUUUUAUUCAUUUCAGAUGUUGGAAACUGGAUCCUGACCAGCAAUGGUUGAUGGAACAGGAGUUUGAACGGGUUGUUAAAGAAUGA